CCCCAGUGUCCCAAUAGUUCGCCCCAAGCUCCCAAUUUUUGCGCGUUCUUUUUACAUUUCCCUCUAUUGCUCAAACAUCAAAAUGGUAUGUUGUGAAAAAAUACGACUGAAUCUCUUAAUUUCUCAUCAAUCCGACUUCAAAUUAAGAUUUGAAACACCAAUCGCUAUAGCCUGUAUAAAACUUUAUACAACUAUGCCGUUAUUUUAUCAUAACUUGUAUUUAAACUCGAAAAAAUUAGCAGUUAUAAAUUGGUACUAGUGAAAAUAAUUUAUUGUUGAUGUCCAAAUAGUCGUCUCGAAUUUGUGUGAAGUCGGGGUAUCCAGAUAUUAUACAUACAUGACCAGGAUAAAUCUCCAAAUAUGUGUGAAUAUAGAUCCAUAUUUUACUGCAUCUAUAUUGUAAAUAGAAUUUACAUGUAUUUGUAUAAAAUUGUAAUUUGGUAUCAAAUAUAGUUCACUACAAUUUUAAUACUAGUAUCAAGAAAGCCAAAAAGGUCUUCGAUGAAGUCUAGGUUUCAUGUGCAAUUUUUUUCUUGUGCCAACAGCACAGCCGGUCAACAUAUGGUCUAUAUGGCAACGCAAUUAUAACUUGAUAUCCAUAGGCGUACAAGAUAGGAGGGUGCAGGGGGGCCAACUGCCCACAAAACCUUGGGGAGGGGGGGCUAAUCAAGGGGACAGGGUUCAAAUUAACAAUGUACAAUUUGCACAUUGUUCUGGACCAAAUGGUAAAAAUUGCACAUCACUUUUCCAAAUGAUGUGCAAAAAAUUGUACUUGGGACUGUUAAUGAACAGCCAUCCAUAUAAAUUUUAUAGAUUUAAAUAGUAAUAAUACACCCUUCCUGAAAGUAUAUCACCUUGGCUAUAUAGUCUUGUUUUUGUGAUUCUGACGUCAGGCUUUAACUAAUCUUGUGUACAUGAAAACAAUGCUCUAUAUCUUGAUUUCCAUUCAUUGAAUAUUAUUACAAAUAAUGGUUUCAGCAAGCGGACACUCAAUUUUGACAAUAUGACACAUAACUCAAAACAAUUUCUUCAGUCCCCUGUCGCAAUUUGCAAGCUUCAAUCGAGGCAGGCAAGUUUGGACACGAAGGGCUAUUCAAUUGUUAAUUUUCUAACAGAUCUUUUAUUUACUUUAACAUUGUCAACAUUUUUUGCAGAGUGAAAACACAGCGACCAUCAGGACAAGAAAGUUUUUAACUAACCGCCUGCUUCAACGCAAGCAAAUGGUAUGUGUCUGUGUUCUUUAUUAUAGAUUUGAUUUUAUUUGCAUAUAGUGUCAUCACUGUCAACCAGCUUUCGAUUAUAUAUUUAUAUUUUUAAUUAACCUUGUCAAAUAUGAUAUCUGGUACGUCCCUAGGACUUCAUAACAAUUUUUAUUUUUUACAGGUUGUAGAUGUCAUCCAUCCUGGGCGGGCUAACGUGCCAAAGACAGAGCUUCGCGAGAAACUCGCAAAGAUGUAUAAGACUACUGCUGACGUAAUAUUCUGUUUCGGAUUCAAGACCCAAUUCGGUGGGGGGCGAAGCACAGGGUUCGCCCUUAUUUACGACAAUCUUGACAUCGCCAAAAAAACCGAACCCAAAUACAGACUAGUUCGAGUAAGUUUUCAAAUCUGUGUGGAUUAUGACAAUUUCACUUGUGUCUGACAAAUAUCUGAUCCAGUGUUUUUUGGACAUUUGCUAAUAAUAAUCGGCCAACUUUUUGCAUAUUUAAAUUCAACACGAGCUAUCAAAUUCGCUUCUUGCAUGAUCAAUCACAUUUCAGGGCUCGAAACUUGAAAUUUUUGUCAGUAUCCAAGUGGAUACCACCAUCAUAGAAUCUAGUAUCCAUCCUUGAAAUUUAGUAACCCAGAUUUGGAUACUAGAUAUUCUAUUUCCAGUAUCUAAGCAAGGCAAAAUUUUACCUUGCAACCAGGCCUUCAGUUGCUGAGCAGGCCUUUAGUUUCAAUAAUAAAAAUAUGUAUUGAAAUUCGAAAAAAUUGAAAAUAACACACUGCGGCGAAACGAAAGAAAGCACCGUUUGUGAAAUUUUUUUUUUAAAUAUUCGGCCAAAAUCCAUAGACAUUGACGUUCGGAAACAUGCCAAACGUCUAGAUUAUUAUCUACAGUACUAUCGCAAUUUCUAGGUUUUCCUAGUAUCCAGUUGGGAUACUGAGCUUAUGAUACCCAGUAUCCAAAAUUAAAAUCUGAUAUCCUGUGGAUAUCGGGAUACCGCAAGUUUCGAGCCCUGCAUUUCUUAAUUUUUAUGAAGCAAUCUCAAUCUGAUCAACUGUUUAUUGGACAUUAGCUAAUAAUAAUCUUUUUACAUAUCUAAGUAACAAAAUCACAAUUCACUUAUUGCUAAAUCAAUCACAUUUCUUAAUUUUUGGGAGGCAAUUUCAAUGACCCAUGCAAUUAGCCAUGGUACUUUUUUGAAAACGAUGUAAAAAUCUAAGCGAUGUGAAAAUAUUUUUUCAAAUAUUUAACUGUAAAUUAACUUAUAAAUAAUGAUUAUACUCACAUUGUAGUUAUACAAAUCCCUUAUUCACUGCGAACAAUCUCAUAUUUGGAAAAGGCAGUACCCCAAAAAUGCCAACUGAAAUGUUCUUGGGUCCCAUUGAUAGUAUUUUUUGUGUGCUUCACUUUUAAUUCUUAACCGUGUUUAUAGUUGGGUGGCAUAAUUUGUUGAAUGAUUUUGAAAGGGCUGGGUGUUAAUUGGUCAUCAGGGCUACAUGUCCAUGCCCCAAAUCGAAUUUUCUUAUCUAAUUUAAAAGGGGAAAAAAGGUAUACUGAUACCUGAAAAUUCUUAUACUGAAUGUUCCCAUUCAGCAUAAACCUUGGUUAAGCUUAUCGGAGGAUCAGAUAGUUGAAACAUUUCUAUAUGGUUCAGAAAUACUUGGUUAUGAAGAAAAUCAAAUUUUGAUGCGGAAUGUUCAACUGUUUAUUCUUCAAACUAAGCGAUUCACCAGUUUAACUGAAUUUUAAUACAAAACAACUUAUCUUUAGAUUUUGAGAUUUCUUCAUUGAGCUUAACUAUACUUUUCUUUAUAAUUAUCUUACUAUGUUUGUGUACCUUUUAUUUAAACACAAUUAAUGUACUCCAAUGUUUUAAUUAAAUAAGUCAACAUGAUCUCCCUCGAUGAGCUUAGCUCUUGGAGAAAAUUUUGAGAAUAAAAUAUGUUUAAUUAAAUAAAAAAAACCCCUUGUUUUUCAGCAUGGGCUGAUGGAAAAGGUGAAGACAGCUCGGAAACAGCUCAAAGAGAAGAAGAAUCGAACGAAGAAGGUUCGUGGCACGAAGAAGGCGAAAGUAGGAACUGGAAAGAAAUAAUCUCACGCCGAGAAUACUUUUUGUUGUUCUGAAAUAAAAUUGUGAAAAUUUACUU